UCUCAACUUGCCUUACAAUAGUAAUCUUAAAGUUGUACGGUCUAUCUCCACUAGUUAUCAGGAUGGCCCUUAACGACGCUGAAGUUCGAAAACAAGUAAGUCUCUACGUUGUUUAUCCCUUUUUCCUACAGUUCGAGUUAUUCUGAGGUGCAGUUAUCGGUAGUUCGACCUUAAAGUAAAGGUUAUAAACACCUGAGUCGCUUGUAUUGCAGAUCGAACAUAUGAUGGCAUUUAUAGAGCAGGAAGCCAAGGAAAAGGUCGAGGAAAUCGACGCCAAGGUACCUUGAUGAUGAAAACGUUUAUUCUGUAAAUAAUAAUGCCUAAACUCUCCCUAUAAUCCAGAACCGGUGUGAUCAGCUGAAACACUUACACAUUUCAUCGGUGUUCGAUUCCUUUUUGGUAAUGACGUCACUGUGAGUUGUUAUCUCUUUCUAGUAGGAUAAAAAUUGGCGCUUUCUUGUUUGUGACCAACAGUUAAGUAUUCGUUGAUCGUGAUUGUGCUGAAUUGAAAUGAAACACAAGGGUUAUAUCCUUUUCUUGUGUUAAGCUUUGAAACUUUCCAUUCUUACUUUCGUUCGUCUUCCCCUCGUCCUAACAUGUCUUUACAUGGUUCCAUCGGCUCAAAGGGUGGAUGUUCACAUUCAUAUUCCCUAGAUCUUCUAUUUAUCUUGUGAAAAUCACCGUUUACCUUAAAGUGUGUAUCUUCACUCGUGACAGCUGACACCCAAUACUCUUUCAAGUUCAUGCAGAGAUCUAGGUGGUCAUAAGUCAUCAUUCUACAAAAGGCAAAAUCAUGUUUUAGGAAUGGUUUUAAAAAAAAAGUAUAUCAAUGAAAAUAGAGGUGAAAGGUACAGUGUACUCUUAAGUACCCCUUCCUUUUUUAUUCUUGUUGAUGGCCUCGUGAUCUAUCCAUUGCUUACCUAUUACUGGCACCAUAUUACAACCUUAGUUUAUAGCCUUUAUACUGGUCAAAGAAAAGGGUGGUAUGUCUGAAGCUUUCUCAAAGAAUGAGUUAUCAAAAAAGAUGCUUUUCUCGGGGAAAGUCUACUAAUCCUGGUUGACUUAGCAAAGCUUUGGGAGCGCUGGUUUAAAUCCCAGAAUGAAAAGUAUCAUCUAGAAUGGUUAACCCUUUAACCCCUAAGAGCGACUAGCAUCUUAUUUCUCCUUACAGCAUCAUCCCUAAAUGAAACAUUAAGGUCAUGAGAAUAAAGGGGAUGAUCACUAACUAAAGAAGCUCUUGAUUGCUGAACAAAUUCUCCUUGUCAGAACCUUAGGAAAUGUCUAGGGAGUAGUAAGGAGAAUAUGGAUACUGAUGUUAGGGAGUAAAGGGUUAAAGCAACCCCUUCAAUUUUGUCCCGUUUACCUAUUUUUAGGCAGAAGAAGAGUUCAAUAUUGAGAAAGGUCGCCUCGUACAGCAGGAGCGUCUCAAAAUAAUGACUUUUUAUGAAAAGAAAGAAAAGCAAGUUGAGUUGCAAAAGAAAAUGUAAGUGUAGCUUAGCCGCUGUAGGUAAUUAAAUUGUUAUAGGUAGGAAUAUGAUAUACAUGUAUAUUAUAUUUCAUGUUUUUGAAGACAUUUUCAUCAGAUUUUUUAGAGAUGUUGGGACUGAGUAAUUUAUGUCUUAAAAAUUUUUGCUGUGAUCACAAAAUUUCCAAGAGAUUGUUAGUUUUAUUUCCAGUAGUGAAAAAAAUCAUUAUACAGAAUUAUUGAGAACAAAAGUUGAAUGCUUGUUAGCUGAUCGCCUUUUAGUUUUAUUAAAAAUCUUUAGCUCAGUUUAUCUUGAAGCCUUUUUGUUUUUGGUACCUAUGGCUCCUUUUGUAGUAUAGUUAUGUAACCAAGCAGAAGUAAAAUUUAAAACUCCAAGCUAAACUCGAACAAUAUCUUGUAACAUUUAGUUUUAGCUGAUUUUUUUUUGUUGAAUAAUUGAUGUUGUGAAUCUUUUGCCUUGAUGAAUAAUUUAGUACUUGGAUGUGAAAAUCCACAAAAUGAAAAGUUUCAUCUUUGCAUACAAAAAGAAAAUUUACCUCAAAAUCUAUUGUGUAGCAUAUAAUCACAUGUACAUAUAACACAAUUUUGACAACAUAUAUCUAAUUUAUAUAUAUAUAUUGAAAACAAUCUUUGCAUACAUAUUUUUUGUCAAUGUUAAUAUUUAGUCAGAGAUCAAAUCAGUUGAAUCAGUCACGACUGAAGACCCUCAAGGCACAGGAUGAUCAUAUCAAGGUAAUUACAAACUUACUUUAAAUGUGAAGACAAGAUUUGGUCAAAAUUACAAAAUUUUGGUCAAAAUGUCCUACAUGGUUAAUCCUUUACCUCCCAUCAGCGACCAAGACAGAGUUUUACUUUACAAUGAUAAUACAGUGUCAAGCAGAUGAUUGAUGAGAAUCAGGAAAAGCAUCAGAAGUGAAUCAUUAGUUUAUCCAGUGCAAAAUUCUUCAAACUUGCUUCAAUUGUGUAGCAGACAGGAAGGAGAAUUACAAAAUAAAUGAAAUCUUGGAAGUGGAAGGGGUGAGACUUGCAAAACAAUCCAGAUUGAAGUAGAUAAAGGGAAAGAUUGGGAGAAAAAUCAAAAUGUCAUUCUUACUAUUUGUAUUAUCAAUUUCUGGUGAAAAGAGGAAUACCUAGGUUUUGUUUUAGUCAAUCCAUUAAGUGGAUGAAUCUUAUCACAUGUUAUUCACAGGCUAUACUUGAUGAUGCAGUUAAACAGCUUGGUAAGGUGACACAAGACAAGACUCAGUAUUCGCAAGUUGUCAAAGGCCUUAUAACACAAGUAAGUUUAGCUUCAUCUAACAUCUGGUAUUAGACAUAAUUGCUCAGGUGAAAAGAGAUGUGCAUACUCUUAUUGGUAGAGGAUUGCAUUAUAUCUCACUAUAAUCACCUUGCACAUGGUGAUUAUACCAGGGGCACUAAAUUUCAAUGUGGCUGCCUCACAUUUUGUCAUUGUUUCAGGGUAAUUGUUUGCAAUUACUUGGUAUAAGUACUUUAAGUGUUUUCAUGAAAAUAUACUGUCUCCUCUUCAGGGAUUAUUUCAGCUCCUGGAGCCAGCUGUGUCAAUUCGGUGUCGCCAACAAGACCUUGAUGUUGUGAAGGUAGUAUUUUUAACUUUGGAUUUCUAUGAUAUAUUUGCAAAUCUAAUUAUAACAAAUGUAGGUCUGAAUCUCAACUCCUUAUUAAAAUUUUUGAUUGUAUAUGGCCUUGCACAAACAUUGAAAAAGGUAGUUAUGUCUGAACUUCUUGGUUGUAAGCACAUUGAAAAGGGUCUUUUUUAGUGCAAUUUUGUGUUUGCUUUCAACAAAUUUUGAAUCCAUAAAUUUUGUAAGAUUUUUUUCAAUGGAAACUGACUCAAUGACAGCCAGAAUUAUAAAAUAACAAUGUAAACAUUCGGUUAAUGCUUAAAUAGAUAUUUCUUCACAAAAAUGAAGCCACUAUUUGGUGCAAUGCAACAUAAAGAUUUUACAAAGUUUGAACAUACUUUAACACCACACUGAAUUUUACUUUUUUUUACUUUUAUAAAAUUUAAUAGGAAUGAAAAUUAAAAGAUUUGAGUUGUUAUAAUAUCUUAAUAAUUAUGCAGGGUGUAAAGGAUGCUGCUGUUGAGGAAUAUAAAAAAGCCACAAAGAAAAGUGUAGAAUUAAGCAUUGAUGAACAGACAUUUUUGGGCUCUGACUGGUAAGUAUGUUGUUUGAUGCUAGAGCAGUUAGAAAUACCAUACUUCUGCACCUGGGCACUUACUUAAAAUUUCAGCCAAAAGGAGGGUGGCUAAUGGAGAGGAGGGUGCUUAAUCAGAGGGGGUGCGUAUUUUCAAACUGUUAUUCUGUAUUGAUUCUUCUGUAGUUGAAGCUUAAAAAAGUUAGAAGGUGGCAAAAGAGACAGGUUUUCCUUGUAUCCCUACUAUUUGAAAAAGUGAGGGAGAAGGGGGGUGCCUACUCAAGAGGGGCAAUUGAGGUUGUUUUAGUGAUUGAUCAUUUCCUUUAUUCUCAUGACCGUAAUGUGAUUCACAGGUGAUAUUGUAAGGAGAAAUUAGACACUAGUUACUCUAAGGGGUCAAAGGAAGGGUUUAAUAGUGAUUUCUCAGGCUCUUGUGUUAUCACUCUGAAUUUGUAAGGUUUCCAGUCAGCCCUAUGCCAGGUGAGAGACAUUCAUAGUGGUUCUUACAGCAACAAUCUCUGUUUUUUUUAUGGUAAGCAGGAACAAAGUAGACAAUUGUGGGUUUGCACAAUGCACUCAUCCUGCCUCACUUUUGAAUUGUGACAUUAGAACUGCAUCAAAAUAUGUUGAACUGUCACCUACACAGACUGGCUGUAAACAUAUCCAAACCAACCUUGUAAUUUUUAUGCAAUUAUUUUGUAUAUAUUUAUAUUAUUAUUCUAUUCAACUGCAGUGCGGGUGGUGUUGAAUUGUUAGCAAAACAAGGACGGAUUAAAGUUGUAAACACAUUAGAGAGCCGCCUUGAAAUGAUGAGUAAACAGGUGUGUAAUUAUAUCCUAUAUUGAAGUAGCAUACGAGUUAAUUUUUUACAUACAUUUACCAGUAAUAGCAACAAAAUUGUUUAAAUGUUUCUUUCAUUGUUAUUGCAGAUGAUGCCAGAGAUUAGGGAGACUUUAUUUGGUGCAAACACCAGAAGAGCAUUCUUCGACUGAUGUGCCCAAUUUCUUGACCACAAACUUUGUUUUCUAUAUACAAAUUUUCCUUUCCUAUCUUAAACCAUAUGACCUCCUACUGAUAAAAAAAUGUGUGUAAACUUCUUUCUGGAUGAACAUUCCUUUGAAUUUACUUGGAAGGGGUUAUUUUUGUUUUGUUUUGUUUUGUUUUUUGUUCAUUGUGUUUUGGGUUUUUUUUUGUUAGCAUGUGCUGGUUGUCAAUGCUAGUAUUGUUUUGUUUUGCUUUGAUUUGCUUUUUUUUGUUUUCCAGGCUCUGUUUUGGUCAGAAUUGUUUUGAAGGGCAGAGGGGGGGAAGCAGAAAGGGCUUUUCCAUGUCCUGUAAUUAAAUAAGAUUUGAUGAUACUUGAAAUAAAUAAAUAUAGGAAUUGAGAAAGCUAAUUAUGUAAAAUUUUAGACCAUGACUCGGAUUGUCCCAAUUAUCUAGUAAACUUGAAUAAGGCUUCUAAGUUGACCCCAUAGUUUCUGUUUUGUCCUCUUGUCACAAUAAGGUUUAACCCUUUACCUCCCAGAACUGAUUAACUUUAACUUCUCUCUAUAAUAUCCAUACAUUAUCCAUCACGGGGUUAAUGAGAACACUCAAACUUAUCAGGUAGAAGUUGUUAUCCAGUACUUUUGACAAAUUCUCGUAAGUAACUUACAAGGAAAUUUAUAGCAACAAGAUGGGAGAAUUAUCAAUCGGAUCUUGGGAAUUAAGGGGUUUAAAUAAUAUCAUUACAUCAGUGAUGCCAUUCAUUUUCAACUGUUUAAUUUUAUCCUACUGCCAUGUGAAGAUGAGAUUUUGACGUCUAUUUUAUAAACUGUCAAAGAUACCUGCCACAUAUUCCUAUGAAGUUCUCUGGUAAUUCUCAUCUGACGGUUUUAACCUUUCUCUGUCAUUUGUGCAACCUUUAGAAACCAGCUACAAUUUACCACUGUCCCAUAAUUUGGACAGAUCUGAUUCGUAAAAUCUUCAAGAGGGGAAUUAUAAUACUACAUGUUAAUAAAUACUGGUUAUAUUACCCUACACCUUUGACAGAAGUCUAGUAAAUUUGC